CGUGGUUGCCAUGGCAACGGAGAGAGCCGGCGACCUGGGUUCCGGAAGCCGGAGAGCUAGAGCUUUGGAAGCUACCGUGGUCAAAGGAUGCUGAGUCCAGAGCGCCUAGCCCUACCGGACUACGAGUAUCUGGCCCAGCGACAUGUCCUCACGUACAUGGAAGAUGCAGUGUGCCAACUGCUAGAGAACAAGGAAGAUAUUAGCCAGUACGGCAUUGCCAGGUUCUUCACUGAAUAUUUUAACAGUGUGUGUCAGGGAACUCACAUUCUCUUUCGGGAAUUCAGCUUCAUCCAAGCAACCCCUCACAACAGGGCAUCAUUCUUACGGGCCUUCUGGAGAUGCUUCCGAACUGUGGGCAAAAAUGGCGAUUUGCUGACCAUGAGAGAGUAUCACUGUUUGCUGCAACUGCUGUGCCCGGAUUUCCCCCUGGAGCUCACUCAGAAAGCAGCCAGGAUUGUGCUCAUGGAUGACGCCAUGGACUGCUUGAUGUCUUUCUCAGAUUUCCUUUUUGCCUUCCAGAUCCAGUUUUACUACUCAGAAUUCCUGGAGAGCGUGGCUGCUAUCUAUCAGGACCUGCUGGCAGGCAAGAACCCCAACACAGUGAUUGUGCCAACAUCAUCCAGUGGGCAACACCGCCAGCGACCUACCUUGGGCGAGGCUAGUAUGUUGGAGGGAGUGGAGGCAUCACUGUUCUACCAGUGCCUGGAGAACUUGUGUGACCGGCACAAGUACAGCUGUCCACCCCCAGCACUUGUCAAAGAGGUACUAAGCAAUGUUCAGAGACUGACCUUCUAUGGAUUCCUUGUGGCUCUUUCAAAGCAUCAUGGAAUCAACCAAGCCCUGGGAGCUUUGCCUGACAAAGGAGACCUAAUGCACGACCCAGCCAUGGAUGAGGAGCUGGAACGACUGGUGGUGAGGUCGAGGCUGCACCGGACCUCGCGGCAGCACAGGGCCAAGGAGCCAGGGGCCUUUGGCUUUCAGAGAAGAGACAAGCUGGAGGCCCUGGAGAGAGUGCCCUCAGCUGCAGCACCGACGCCCUACCCGUAUCGGUGGGAGCCCAGAGAGUGAGGCCAGGGGCCUGCGCUGGGCAGGGAGGCAAGGAUCCAGAGAGGACACUACUUGACUCAGAUCAACAGUGGCCCUGGGCCCUGUCAAGGCUUUAUUUGACACCACUCUGUUUCAAUACAAACAGUCCAGAAAGAAAGUCAAGUCCCUUUGGGGGGGGCGGGGGUAGGGAAGAAUGGUCUGUGUUGCUUGGGAGCCCAACCCCAAACCCACAGGGGGCAGGGUGGGCCCAGACUGUCAGCACAGCAGGGGAAGAUGGCACCAAGGAUGACACAGUACAUGGCCUAGUGGCCAGGGGGCAAGGCGUGCAGCUCUGUAGGUGCCUCAAGUUCUCAGUGGUGGGGUGCUGUCCAGGCCCCCCUAAGACCAGGAUGACACAGAAGAAAGUUGAGCCCCAAGAGCCUGUUUCUGUCCCUCAUGUCCUCUGCUUCCUUGGCCAGCAUUACGCUCACAGCAUCCAGAGCAGGGCACAGGGCAGAUGAGACCCACCAUGGCCACACCAAGCAGGGGAAGAAGGGACAGAGGGUCCUGUGCUCCACAAUAGAUGGUAUGGAAGGACUCCGAGACACCCAGGAGAAGUAUCCCUCAAGUGAUCACUGUAAAAAGGGGUGGUGAGACAGGAGAAGAUCACUCGGGCCUCAAGUCUGAUCCCAAAUGAAACCUUUCAGUAGCGGGUAAAGUUUCUAGCCCUUAAGAAGGCCCAGACGAAGGUCCUUCCCCUCCCCUGCCCUCUCCUGGCACCCAGAAGAGGCCACUGGAGCAGCCUCCCUACCCUGGGGCUGGUCUAUAGCAGAACUCUUUCUAGACCUGCCCACUGGUUCCAGAGGAUGGGGACCAAACCCCAGACAACCUGGAAGGAUCCUAGAGCUGGCCAAAAAGCCUUACACUUCUCACUUUCCCUACUUGGGGAAGGGCUGGGCCCAGAAUAAACCCUCCUGAGGAAACUCCUCCCCUCGCUCCCAGUGUGGCAGGACGAGCAGCAGCUUGGGGGCAGGACCAGAGGACAGUAAUCUAGCACACAGGGGAGGGGGUGUGAGGGGAGGAGAAUAAAAGGGCUCAGUCUACAGGCUGAGGUCAAGGCUGGAACCACCCAUCCCCCUCACCCGAGAUCCUCAAAGGCCACCCCACUCACACACAACACAUAUAAAGUAACAAUUCCUCCCCAGCUUCCACAAGGCAAGCGCCCCUGGCCUUGGAAUCAUGGGGGUUUUGCUGUUGUCGCCACCAUAUGCCUGAGCCGUGGCACCUGGAUCAGUAGGAACCAUAGCGAUCCUGGGGAGGGGGAAAGAAAAAACAAAGUCAGUCUCUCACCUGCAGCUUUCCUGCAACACGCCCCUGCAAGACUAGGGUACUCCGGGGAAUCGGGCACCCAUCUCACAUGGCAGAGACUGUUUUGUAUUUUAUUGUGACUCAGGAAAGGGGUUGUGACCAGAUCCCAAGGGGGAAGCCCUGCCUAAUCUCGAAGCUGGGGAGGGAGGAGAGAGAGGAGUAAGGUGACAAGGCUGUGGAAAUCCGUGCAGACAUGGCAGCAUCUUAGGGAGGCCGAGCCCUGGUACCAAGCUCAAAGGAAGGAAGCUGCCUCUCCAGGAGAAGAAAAGGCUCUCUUUCAGGCUCAGGAGCUACCCAGCAGCAGUGUCUGGAUGUGGUGGAGGCGGCCAACCCCCAAGCACUACUCUAUAGUGCUUUACCCUCCCGCCCCAGGUCAAGCAGCCCCAGCCUCACCUGCAAAGAAUUCAUCACGCCAUUGGCCAGCACAGCCAUCUUCCCGGCCACAGACUUGACACCCUGCUUAAACUGGGCAAUGUCAGCUGUGGGGAGCACGUUGCCCAGAGAUACGCUACCUGUAAAAGCAAGGGAAAGGGUGGUCUGGAAGCCCUGCAGGAAGCCCUUCCCAGCCCACAGGGCCCUCCAGCUCUGCCCACGAGCCUUGCCUGGCAUGCACCUUACCGCCAGGGCCCUACCUGCUCCAUGAGCUCCAUCCAUGUCCCCGAAGAGGUCAGAAGAGCUGAUGGCACUACUACCCGAGAGCUGCUGGAGACGAGACCUGGCUUCAUGCUGUGGUGAAGAAAGGGAAAGACCUGGAGAUCUUUUGGCCGAUGAGUCAAGCACUCCUUAUCGGCCAAGACACCCUGGUGCUAAAGCCCAAAGCAGUGGCAAGGAGGAAGCUCUUACUCCACCUGCUGCCUCCAGGCUCAGGGUGGACAACCCUACUUACCUCGGCAUCCACCUCCCGCCCAAAGAACAUGUCCGAUGAGAUGGCUUUGGCUCCUGCAAAUUUCUGACGUGCUUCACUGGACUCGAGGCCUGAGCUCCGGCUUUCCACUUCCCUUCUGUUUGUGACUCUGAGGGGUGGAUGUGGGAUAGCUCUGAUCCUUCCCAUUACUGUCAGAGCCUAGUAUUACUAAUCCCAUUACUAACAGAGGCCAAAAACACCAGUGGCCUUCUGGGGAUGCUUACAAUGGCCCAUCUGGCUAUGGCUCUGGGCCCUCUCCCCUGGACAAGGCCCUUCUCUUCUCCACACCGAAGCCAAGGCACAGACAGCUUACGUUCACUCUACUAGGCGGCAUGGAAAUACAUUAGGGUUCUGCCCCAAACCACUAGAGCUUCAUCAAAGUCUCGGAUGUCCUAGGAUCACUACUGCCAGUCUACUCCUAGUUACAAGUGGCCUAACACUACAGUGACCAUAUGUCUCAGCUGGCCUGAGUUUAUACCUACUCUUCUGGCAUUUCCACUCUCAAAAGCAUCCCAGUGUGGACCUAAAAGUGUAUGGUCACUCCUAUCUACCACUGACGAGCAGAGACACUGGCCUAGGUGCUUUGUAAGUUUCAUUACUUUUAAUCCUUCCAACGGCCCUGUGAAGUCAUUACUUAUGUCCCCCAUUUUACAAAUGUUGUGCGGGUAAUUUGUUAGUUAAACAUUGCCCAGACUGACAUAAAAUAGGCUUUUAAAAAAACAAGGAACAUGGUGGCCAGAGACACAUACCCCUGAGUGUUCAGGACUGAAGCACAAAAUCAGGCCCCUCUUGCCAGAGAAACAGAUCUUGAACAAAAGAAGCUGCUAAGCUUUCUGUGAUGAUAAAGCAAAAUUCAAACCAAAGCCUAAUUCCUGUACUACCUAAUCUUGGUAGCCACUAGCCACAUGUGGCUACUUAAAUUUAUUAAAAUUAAAUUACAAAUUUCAGUUCUUCAGUUACAAUGGCCACAUCUGAGGAGCUCAGUAGGCACACAGUCAGUGGUCAUCACACUGGACAGUGCGGGUACAGAAUUUCCAUCACCACAGAAAAAUCCUACUGGACAGUGUUGCCCCUGCCCACUCCACCUUUCUGAAAUAGGCCGGAUGCUUGAGACGGUCACUUCUGGCUCCUUCUCCUCCAUCCUGUCCAUACCCCAGGCGGUAUCUGUAUCCCAGCGGGAACUGAAACUUUCCCCCAAGGAAAAGGGGUUGUCCUUGUACCUAGUGAGACAGUAGAGUAGCUCAGAGAAGCCUGAUGAGGAACAUGGUGGCCAAGUCUGCACCCCAACAACAGCCUUACUUUGGGGGUCCAGAGGCGAAAGUACCGACAUCAUCAAACAAGUCCAGCUGCGAGCGGGAGGAUUUUGCACUCACUGGGGUUUCCUGCUCAAUCACCUGCAUCUCAGACAACACCGAGUGGGAGACAGAGCUGUGGAGACAAGCAGAGCCAGGCCCAAGGGCAGGUGUGAGCAACAGUGUCACUACACAAGAGAAGAUGCCCAGCUGCUGGCAGAAACCUGGGUUCUCUUUCACUGGGCAUCACCCAGAGCCGUCUCCCCCUGCCUGUGCACAGGCACAGGGCCAGACCCAGCAGGGAGUGCUAGGAACCCCGCUGAGCUGGAGCACACCCUCAAUGGUGCACACAUCAGCUUUGUUUUCUCAAAGCAGGGCUUCCCUCACAAAGCACCGUUUGCCUGUUAUAAUUUUAAUGAGGAUGUGCACCAAAUGAUAGCGCUCUUUUGCCCUUGGAAACAACUCAGCAGACUUGCUGUAUCAUGAGCCGCAUUCUUCACCCAGAUGAACACAUACACAUGGAAAAGAUGAAAAAUGCCCCAGAACCAGGGAAAGGAGUCCGAUGGCAUCAAAGAAUGAGUCCUUAAUUGUCCUAACCCCUACACCACCCCGCCUUUUUUUUGAAAGAUGGAAGUAUUUCAAAGUACACAGCCUGGCUAUAUGCACGAAGCCCUGGGACUGCUGUAUGGUAUCCCAGUGAGAAGAGGCAGUGAGUUGGGCAAGAGGUACUAACUCUUCAUGCCUCACUUUCGUCCUGUGUCAUGCUCCACAGAGGCAUUUUAAGGAUUAAUUUCACUUAAGUAAACUCAUUAAAACAUAUCUCAAAAAACAAACAAACAAAAAAAACACUAUAGCUUUCAGCUGACAGAACCCCAAACAGUGAAUAUUUUACAAUAGGGCAUUAAACAGAGUUGGCAGAGUUUAAAUAAAGAUUCUAUUGCACUGCAAAAAAAGAAAAAAGAAAAAAGAAAACAACAGCUGAAAAAAUUGUUCAUACCCUUUAACCCAAUAACUCCUGUGACCAAAACAGGGAAGGGGAGGAGAUCUAAAGUCCUUCCUGGGAGUAAAAUUUUAUGUUUCCCUGAUUAGCUGUGGGUUACACAAGCAGCACACAGACUGAAAUGGAAUAAUUUAAAUCUAACUAGUACGUGUUCUGAAAGAUUAAGCAGAAAUGCCAGCCUUAUCUUCUUUCAGAGAAGUGGAGUAUAAAGGCCCUGAAUGCUGAAUUUGCCAUCAGUAGUUCUAUGUUCAAAUCUAGUGGUGCCAAUUACUAGAUUCAUGGGCUUCGGGCAAGUUGCUUACUUGCUGUGAGUCAAUUCUCUCACCUGUGAAAAGACAUAGUAAUACCUCCUGCACAGGACUGUUGUAUUUAAGUAAAUAAAGCCAAUGGCAGAGCUCACACCCCCUCGAAAGAAAGAGCCAGCACUUAGCACAAGCCCGCUGAAGCCAGGAUUGCUGGCCCCAGUGCUGUCCGAUGUUCUGAUUUUUAAGCGAGAUCAAAAGUCUAGUGUUACCGAAAUCUCUAAACGUGAGCUCUUAGUGUAAAGCAAACAAAAUGCAUAAUAGAACUGGUUUGCAGUCUUUGUUUUGUUUUUAAGAAACCACAGCAACACAAACCCAGUGGUCCUGAAAUAGGAAGGAUAUUGUCAAUUCUAAAGGGCAUUGUCUGGGAGUAUUUCCAGGCGUUAGCGUGUCUGGCAGCAAUGGCCUUUAGUGGACAGGGAUUAAGAAUGCUAAAAGCCUUGUAAUUCUUAGGGAGGUCUUGAAAAAUAAAGAAAUGUCCCACCAAAAGUGCCAUUAGCACCCCCAUUACACAACACACCCUACCCUCUUGGGUAUAUCAAACAAGCAUCUGAUCCUGUGUUUCCUUCAUUUAACAAACACUAAGCAUAUACCUACUCUGU